CCGACUUAGCCCGGAUCGCGUUUCGCAACUCACUCACUCUACGCACUGAUCGAUCCGUGCGAAGUAAAAGAAAAUGAACGCGUGCUGCUAGAGGCCGCGCACAGUGCACACCCACCGUGCAAACGACGGCUUUAAAUUGCAAAACUUGGUGUUCGUGGGCGUCCAAGGAGAUUUCGACACGGAUGACGCUGGCGCAGGAGCAGCAGGGGCUCGCGCUGGCGCUAAGCCCAGGCUCUUCUGCCGGCGGCGGCGGGCGAUCAUCACCGGGCGUCGGGGUCCGGGGUGCCGCCGAAGGCACGUUCGAGUGCAGGACGUGCGGCAGGCGGUUCCCGUCGUUCCAGGCGCUCGGGGGCCACCGGACGGGCCACACGCGGCGGCACAACGCGCUGCCGCCCGCAGCGGCGAGCGCGCACGGUAAGGCUCGUCGGGAGCCGCCGCAGCACGAGUGCGCCGUGUGCGGGCUCGAGUUCCCCAUGGGCCAGGCGCUGGGCGGCCACAUGCGCCGCCACAGGCUGCCGGCCCGCGGCGCCGUGGAGGUGGAGGAGCACACGACGCUGGACUUGAACCGCUCGGCGCCGUCGGAUCAGGAGGAGGAUCGGCAUCGUGGCGGCGGCGGUGAUCGGGAACUUGAACAAGGGUGCUCCUCCUCCGGAUCGGAUUCACAGCCUCGUCUGCUUAACCUUCUCGUGUAGCAGCUACUAGCUAAGCUACCUGGGUUGAUGGGUUGAUGAUUAAUUCUGGAUUCGGUGGUGCUUGGGAUAUGCUUGUUUUGCCGCGAAAGAGAAAACUCAUGUCAUGCUUUUGGAGAAAUAAGCUACUGCCUCCUCCGUUUCAUAAUUCUUGUCGAAAUCUUACAUGUACUUAGACACUUUUUAGAAAUAGAUACAUUCAUUUUUAGGCAAAUUUGAAACAAAAAUUAUGGAACGGACGGGCACGUGGUAUUCGUGUUCCAUGGCAAAUUACCAUUUGGGUA